UCUGUGGGGUUCCUAUGGGGUCUGUGGUGUCCCUAUGGUGCCGCGGUGGGACGGGGGCUCCGGAGACAGGCAGCUCUAUGAGCUGGCGGCUUUCCUCAAGACCAUAGCUCUCAGUGGGGUCCCUGACGUGCGCCCGGUUCUGGAGCACUAUGCGCUGGAGGAGGAUCCGUUGGCAGCUUUCAGGCGGCGCCGGACGCAGCUGGAGGAGGAGGAGCAGCAGCGCCGGCAGGAGCUGGCUCAGGGCAAGAAGCCUCCCCCGGGUCUGUCCCUGGGCUCGUGGGCAGGGCGGCUCUGGGGGCGCUCCCGGCAGCAGUGAUGACGUCGGUGAUGACGUCAGAGUGACGUCAGAGCGGAGCAGCCCCCC